AGUGACCAGGCAACAACACUGAAGUCUCACAUGUAAAAAUCCAUGUCUUCCUUUCUCCCAACCUCCAUUCCAAACUUAGCCACUGGCUUCCGGCUGGGGCCUUGCCCAUACCUCCUGGGGCCUGCACACGCCAUGGCAUAUCUACAGAAGACACACUUUGGGCAUAUUCGAGAGAAGAACAGACUUCUCUCUGGUCUUUGUUAGAGGGCUACUUUACUGUAACAGGGCCAGGGUGAAGAGUUCUCUGUCCCCUCUGUAGGAAAUGUGUUGACAAUAUUCAGAGGAGUAAGAGGAUCACGACUUAUUUGUGGUCAAAUAUCACCUUUCUCUUCUCUACCCUGCCCUAACCAGGAGUUGUCACCCCAUACUCUGAGGUGAUUUACACCUUAAUCAAGCAAACUUCCCUCUUCAGAAAAGAUGGCUGAUUUUCCCUUCAAAGCUGCCAGGAGCCGCCAAGUAUUCUGCCAAUUCACAUUCAACCCUAGGGUACAAUCAACAAAUUCGGCCAGAGCACAACUACAGCUACUAUUAGAACUAUUAUUAUUAAUAAAUUCCUCUUCAAAUCUAACCACUUGACUUCCGAUUUCAGGAUUUCUCCCUUCCUCUUAGAAACUUGAUAAGUUUCCUGUGCUUCCCUUAAGACUACAUGUUUGUAUAAAGCAAAGCAGUACACAAAUGAACCAAGUCAAUAACUUCUGGAUUAUCUUCAAACAACAACAAUAUCAGUUAUGCCAUCUUUCAUUAUUUUAGCCAGUAUCAAAAACACAAAACUGAAUUCUUCCUCGUAAAUUCCCCCGUUUGACGACGCACUUUGUAGCCACGCCUACUUGAGCCUACAAAAGGCGAAGAAGACUGACUCAGGCUUAAGCUGCCAGCCAGAGAGGGAGUCAUUUCAUUGGCGUUCGAGUCAGCAAAGAAGUCAGGAUGGCCAAAGUUCCAGACCUGUUUGAAGAUCUGAAGAACUGUUACAGUGAAAAUGAAGAGUACAGUUCCUCCAUUGACCAUCUCUCUCUGAAUCAGAAAUCCUUCUAUGAUGUAAACUAUGGCUCACACCAUGAAGAAUGCAUGGAUCAGUCUGUGUCUCUGAGUAUCUCUGAAACCUCUAAGACAUCCAAGCUUACCUUCAAGGAGAGUGUGGUGAUAGUGUCAACCAAUGGGAAGGUUCUGAAGAAGAGACGGUUGACUUUAAACCAUUCCAUCACUGAUGAUGACCUGGAGGGCAUCGCCAAUGACAUAGAAGAAGAAAUCAUCAAGCCCAGGUCAGCACCUUUCAGCUUCCUGAGCAAUGCAAAAUACAACUUUAAUAAGACCAGGAAACACCAGUUCAUCCUGAAUGUCGCCCUCAAUCAUCAAAGUGUAAUUCAAACCAACGAUCAGCACCUCAUGACUACUGCAUUACAAAAUCUGGAUGAAGCAGUGAAAUUUGACAUGGAUGCUUAUAUAUCAUCAAAGGAUGAUGACAAAGAUUAUGUGACUCUAAGAAUCUCAAAAACUCGAUUGUAUGUGAGUGCCCAAGAUGAAAACCAACCAGCGUUGCUGAAGGAGAUGCCUGAAAUACCCAAAACUAUCACAGCUGAUGAGACCAACCUCCUCUUCUUCUGGGAAACUCAAGGAACUAAGAGCUACUUCAGAUCAGUUGCCCAUCCAGAUUUGCUUAUUGCCACAAUGCAAGACAGUUUGGUGUGCUUGGCAAGGGGGCCACCCUUUAUCACUGACUUUCAGAUACUGGAAAACCAGGCUUAGCUCUGGAGUCUACUGACUUAUGCACUGCUGACAGUUUAUAUGUACCAUGUACAUGAAGAAGCUAAAUCCUUUACUGUUAGUCAUUUGCUGAGCAUGUGCUGAGCCUUUGUGAUUCUAAAUGAAUGUUUACACUCUUUGUAAGAGAGGAGCAAUGUCUAGUGGAACCAACACUAACAUAUAAUGUGGUUUGUUAUUUAAAGAACACCCUAUACUUUGCAUAGUACCAAUCAUUUUAAUUAUUAUUCUUUAUAAUAAUCUUAGGAGGACCAGAGCUACUGAAUGUGGCUACCAAAAAGACUCUACCCAUAUUACAGAUGGGCAAAUUAAGGCAUAAGAAAACUAAGAAAUAUGCACAAUAACAGUUGAAAUGAGAACCCACAGACCUAGGAUUCCAUUUCAGCUGUUUGCCUUCUACUUUUAAGUCGCUGAUGAACUCUUAAUUAAAUAGCAUAAGUUUCUGGGACCUCAGUUUUAUUGUUUUCAAAAUGGAGGGAAUAAUAGCUAAGCUUUCCUGCCUCAAUAGUUUUUUAUGCUAAUCAGGGAAGUCAUUUUGGUAAAGUACUUCUUGAAGCUCAGCCUCAAGAAUAAGGCAAAACAUGAAAUGUUAUUUUUAAAUUAUUUUUAUAUAUGUAUUUAUAGAUAUAUUUAAGGUAAUUAUAAUGUACUAUAUUUAUGGGAGCUCCUUGCAUCCUCCACAAUAGCAGAAGUGCUUUCCAGGAUGAGGAAGUUUGAUUUUAUUAAUACAAGGCAUUUUGGUCCAAGUUGUGCUUAUUCAACAGUCAUGAAACUCUGAAUUCUAGUACUUGCGAGCCCUGUAAUUAUGUACUAAAUGUACAUUAAUUACUUUGAGCUGAUAAUUGGUCUUAUCUUUGACUCUUUUGCCUUUAAACUUGCCUGGGCAUUCUCAUUUAAUUCAAUUCCACCUGCAAUCAAGUCCUACAAGCUAAAAUGAGAUGAACUCAACUUUGAGGACCAUGAGACCACUGUUAUCAAAAGUUUCUUUUCUGGAAUGUAAUCAAUGUUUCUUCUAGGUGCUAAAAAUUGUGAUCUGACCAUAGUGUUACCUUAUUAUCAACAAUAGUGAGUUCAUUGUUAUCAGUCAUAACUGAAUGAAGCUUGCAACAAAA